AUGGCCGACGCCGAUAUCAACUUUGCCAAUCUCGGCGAGGCGGCCGCGCAGCCGGCCCCGACCCAGAACGACGAGCACCAGCAGCAGCACCACCUCCAGCAUGGUGCAUCGUCGACGACGGAUGCCGCUGGUGAUCAGCCACCGCAGCAGCAGCAGCAGCUCGAUCACCACCAGCAAUACGACCAGCAGCAUGUCGACGAUGCUGCCAUUCUCGCUUCGUUCACUCAGCACGACGAUGUCCACAUUGACCAGGCCGACCAUCACAAGUCUGCAGAGCCCCAGUCUGAGCAGGCUGAGCAGCAGCAGCAGCAGCAGCAUCACCACAUCGACGUUCCCGUGCAGCAGGAGCAGCCGCCUCAAGAAGAUCACCAUCUCCACCAGCAGCAGCAGGAGCAGCAGCAGCCGCAAUCCCACGAUGAGCAGCAGCAGCAGCAGCAGCAGCAGCAGCAGCAGGACGCGCUGGCUGACCAUGCCAUGACUGAUGUUGCGCAGUCCCACCCGGACCACGCCGCUGGAGCAGAACAAGAGCAACAGCACGAGCACCAGCAGCAUCACCAGCAGGACGCGUCGGUUCAGGAGCAUGCCGCCAACGGCCACAUCCCCGUCUCUGCUCCCCAGGUAGACGCUGCAGCGGCCCCCGCGACCGCCGAGGACGAAGCGACCAACGGAUCGGCCACCGGCCACACCUACCAAGAGAUGGACGCGGCACAGAGCCUCGCGAGCAACGCGCUGGAAGCGCAGCGCUACAAGGAAGCCGAGGGCCUUCCCGUCUCGGCCGCCGACGGGUCAAACUUGGAUCCCGCCUUCGCUCCCCAGCAGCAGCAGCCCGCACCCGCCGCGGACGUCGACGCCACCAUGUCCGACGCGAACCAGCAGGCCAAAGUCGAGCCAGGCACCGCGGCGGGCCAGGCAGAGCCGGAGACGUCGGUCGACGGCGGGUCUCAGCCGCCUGCCAGCCAGACCGAGGGCGGCGCGCAGCCCAACCCUUCGGCGCCUUCGACGCCCACCAAGCAGGUGCUCGUGGCGUCGCGCAAGCAGAACAGCGCGUGCGACGCCUGCCGCAGCCGAAAGGUGCGCUGCAACCGCGACCCGGGCGAGGAAAAGUGCCGCCACUGCAAGGCCAAGGGCAUCGACUGCACGACGCUCUACGUGCAGUGGGCGACGUCGUCGGCCAAGCGGCCGUCGAAGCGCGCGCGCACCUCGAUCGCCACGUCGGAGCCCGACGUCGAUGUGCCCAAGCCCGAAUCGGUCGUCGAGGCGCUGGAAAGGGUGCAGAACCGCCUCGUGACCUACCUCUUCCGCCGAGACACCGACUACCCGGUCGAGGAGGUCAAGACGAUCCAGCACGGCAACCUGCCUUACACGUCGCCCAGCUCGCGUGACGGGGCCGCCGCCCGGCUGCUGCACCAGACCGUCAGCUCCUCGGUCAAGCCCGCGGCCUCGACGGGCGCCGAGCUUCGCCUGCUGACGGACUCGACGCGCGACGAGUUCAUCGCCGACCUGAUCGAGACCUACUUUUCGGUCGUCCACGUCCGCAUGCCGCUCUUCGAUGCCGACGUCUUCAAGAAGCGCUUCUACGACAAGGACGAGGAGCUGGGCGGCGCGCCUCCGGACGUGCUGGUGGCCGUCGUGCUGGCGCUCGGCGCCAAGUUCAGCCAGCACCCGCUGAUCCAGGCGGACCGCGAGGAGAGCGUCCGGGAGCUCGAGCGCGCCUUUACCUCGGCCCACGGCGCCCUGUCGCGCGGCGAGACGGAUCGGGCCCACCAGGUCACCGGGGCCAAGGGCGGCGUCGACCUGCCCAUCCUCACGGUGCCCGACGAGCUGCGUCGCGUCGGCCGCAACCGCCUGGCUGAGGACCUCCUCAUCCGCGCCAUCGAGGUGAUGGACCGCGUCAAGGCGCACCGGCAGCCGACGGUGGAGAAUGUGCAGGCGUGCAUCCUGGCCGAGGCGCUCCUCUACCAGCCCUCGACCUGGUGCAACGACGACCUCUCACUGGCCGGCAAGCCGAUGCCCUCGAGCCACCGCUCUGCGACGCUGCAGUCGACCGGCUUCUGGUGCUCGUGUGCGGCCCGUCACCUGCUCGAGCUCGGCAUCAACCAGAAGGACACGAUGCUCGAGAUCAAGGACCCCGCCGUCCGCGCCGAGCUCGAGCAGGCCUGGUGGACGGUGUGCAGCGCCGACGCCGCGGCCGCCGCCUCGGCGCGGCGCAAGCCCAUCAUCGACGAGGACGACUACGACUGGGAGCCCACCAGCCCCAACGACGACAACGAUGCUGCGCCUCCGCCGGGCGACGCCGACGGUCGCGAUGCGGGGCCGGCGACGGGUCCGGCCAGCCGUGCGUCGCGCGACUCGGCCGCGAUCAAUCGCAAAUUUGCCGACCUCCUUCGCAAGCCCAGGCACGCCGCUGAGGGUGUCCGCAUCGAGCUGCUCGAGGAGAUUGCGACGCUCCUCGACCGGUGGGCGGCCGACCACCUCGAGAAGUCCGGCGUGCCGCUGCCCGACUGGCCCGCCGAGUGGGACUACCUCACCGCGAUGACGGCGUGCACGGCCGACGUCACCCACCACGCCAUGUGGAUCGCGCUGUGGCAGUGCAUCGACGAGCUGGGCAUCUACGGCACCGACCGGAGCGCCGUCACGUCGAGGGCGGCGCAGGAGCACCUCCGUCGGCUGGGCGACGACGCUGGCACGCCGGCCGACGCUCCAACGGCCGAGGCCGUCUCGGGUCUCGUCGCCCGGGCGCAGGAGAAGGCGCUGGCGUCGGCGCUGCGGGUCAACAUGCUCAUGUCGGAGCUGCACGACCGCUCCUUCCUGCGCCUCGACCCGGGCAUGCUGACGCAGGCCUUUGACGCCACGGCGCGCUUCCUAGUGCGCUUCCAGCGGCCCGAGAUCGACACGCUGCUGCAAUGCUUCCGCAACCUGGCCAUGUCGUACGAGGACGCGUUCGAGAAGAGCGAGCGCAUCGAAAACAUCUUCCGCGUCUACGCCGAGCGCGCGCGGGUCGACACGACGUUUGAGCCGGGCAGCUCGCUCGCCAUCGCCCUACGCCGCGAUGUGGAGCGCGAGAUGGCGACGACGGGCAUGGACGGGCUGAGCAUCGCCGCCGCUGCGAUUGAGAACGCCGCCGUGGCACAGCGCCAGGGCCAGCGGGUCGACGAGAGCGAUCUCAAGGACUUUUCGGCGUUGGUCGCUCUGGCGCACCAGCAGAGCCAGCAGCAGCAGCAGCAGCAGCAGCAGCAACAACAAGAGCAAGAGCAACAGCACCAGCACCAGCACGACGCGCAUCACCAGCACCACGAGCACGCGCAGGAGGCGGCCCAGCAGCAACAGCCGCAACCUCAGGAGAGCUAUGUGAUGGACGAGCACGAUCUCGACGUGACAUCGCCGCAUGCCCAGCACUCGCAGCAUCAGAUGGAGGCGGGCGAGCAACCACAGCAGCCCCAGCACCAGGACCACCAGCACGAGCAGGAGCAGCAAGAGCAGCACGCGCCGAUGCAGGUUGAGAACGACGACGCCCACCCCUCGCUGCAGCUGGCCUCGGAGCCGACGCAGACGCAGGGCCAGGUCGACGCACACCUCGCCCAGCAGCAGCAGGACCACAGCCAGCAGCCGUCCGCAGACGAAAGCAGCUGGACCCAGCAGUAG